AUGGGACAACCAAGAGGAGCAAGGCUGGCUAAAGAUGCGUCGUCUACUUCAUCUAUACUUCCAGUCCUAACCAACGCAGCUAAUAUUGCAGCGUAUUGGGGUCAAAAUGCUGGCGGAUCACAACAAUCUUUAGCUAGCUACUGUUCGUCAUCGGCAGCAGAUAUCAUCAUCUUGUCAUUCAUGAACAAUUUUCCACAAUUGGGCUUGAACUUUGCCAACCAAUGCUCUCAAACAUUCAGUGACGGACUCUUGGACUGCCCACAAAUUGGUGCCGAUAUCACUACAUGCCAAGGACAAGGCAAAAUCAUCUUGUUAUCGUUAGGAGGAGAAUCUGGGACUUAUGGAUUCUCCUCUGACUCUGAAGCUCAAUCAUUUGCCACUACAAUGUGGAACAAAUUCGGUGGAGGUACCGAUGACGAAAGACCGUUUGGAGAUGCCAUUAUCGAUGGCUUUGAUUUCGAUAUUGAAAACAAACAACAAACGGGAUACGUUGCUUUGGCUACACAGUUGAAGAGCUAUUUCGCAAGCUCUUCAAGACAGUAUUAUUUAUCAGCAGCCCCACAGUGUCCAUACCCUGACGAGUCUGUGGGAGACUUGAUGGCACUGGUUGACUUGGACUUUGCAUUUAUCCAAUUCUACAACAACUACUGUUCCAUCGACAAACAGUUUAAUUGGGACACUUGGAGUCAGUAUGCCAGUGGUAAAAACAUCAAAUUGUACUUGGGAGUUCCAGGCUCAUCAUCAUCUGCAGGCUCAGGUUAUGUUGACGCAUCAACUAUUGCAAGCACAAUUGCACAAAUCCAAGGAGACUCGGCGUUUGGAGGUGUUUCCGUAUGGGAUAUCUCCUCAGCACCAACGAGCUUCUUGAGUCAAAUUAAAAAUGCAUUAUCGGGUGGCUCCUCAGUAUCCUCGGCUUCUGUGUCGGUGCCAGCAGCUAGUUUAUCGACACUCAGUACAGUAUCUUCAAACUAUAAUCCAUACACAAGUUUGGUAGGCACUCCAACAUACUCAGCUGUUCAAAGCAGCGGAGUUGCUGCAACAAUAGUUGGAAGCUCAACUCCAACUGCAACUACAACCUCAAGUACAGGAGGUUUCUGGAGUUGGAUUGGUGAUUUGUUUGCAGAAUCUUCUUCUUCUCCUUCUUCUUCUACGGCCACUGCUGCUGCUGUUGUACCUGUGGCGUCAACUGCACCGGUAGUAGUAGCACAACCAACUACUUCAUCUACCCCCGUGGCUGCUGUGCCAACUACAACAUCUAGUUUCAAUUGGUUUGGUCUCUUUGACUCGCCGACUACUUCCACAACUCAAGCCCCAGCAAUCACUUCUUCUGCUAUUUCUCAAGGAGCACAAGUUGUUGAGGUCACUAGUUACGUGACACUCACGACAACUGUGGCACCAACAAGAUUUUACAAGAGACAAGUACAAUCAGUAGAUGCCGUCGACUCCAGCGCAUCUCACUUCCAUCCAGGAUACCUAUUAAUUGUGGGAUUGCUCACAGCUCUCUCAUACUUGUGA